AUGACGAUUCAUCCGGAUGUUUCUGGUCGUCCACAUGUUCUUCGCAUGCAUGAGAAAGACAUCGAACAUAUCCACAGGCACGAGGGUGUGGAGUGGGUGACCAUGGAGCAGAUGUGCGACGACUUCAAGAGCAAGAACAAGCCUCCCGUCGGCGCUAAGAUGCCAGCUGCUCCAUUACCUAUGCUCAAAUAG